AGCCUGGGGCGGCCCCAGCCACCCGCAGAUCAGCAGGGAAGGAGGAAAAGGCACCCGCGGCCGCCCAGUGCACACAGAAGGGAGCUGAGGGGCACGCGCGGCUCCGGGCUCUUGGGACGCCCACCGGGCCCUGGAAGGCUGCCGCCGCUGGGCUUCCCUGACCCUCCCUGCCAGAAGAGAAAGGGCUCGGGGCUCCCCAGCGAGGUGUGCCGGCCAUGGCGACGUGGGAGCUGCAGGUGUUUGUGGGAGACCAGGAGGCCCAUGCCGAGGCCGUCACCCUGCGGGUCACGGGCGAGUCCCACAUUGGCGGCGUCAUCCUGAAGAUCGUGGAGGAGAUCCAGCGGAAGCAGGACUGGUCAGACCACGCGCUGUGGUGGGAGCAGAAGAGCACGUGGCUCCUGCAGACGCACUGGACCCUGGACAAGUACGGCAUCUUGGCCGACGCCCGGCUGUUCUUCGGGCCCCAGCACCGGCCCGUCAUCCUCCGGCUGCCCAAUCGCCGGGCGCUGCGCCUGCGAGCCAGCUUCUCUCAGCCCCUUUUCCGGACGGUCGCCGCCAUCUGCCGCGUUCUCAGCAUCCGUCACCCCGAGGAGCUGUCCCUGCUUCGGGCCCCAGAGAAGAAGGAGAAGAAGAAGAAGGAGAAGGAGACGGAGGAAGAACUGUUUGACCUCAGCAAGGUUGUGCUGGCUGCUGGCGUGGCCCCGGCCCAGUUCCGGGGGAUGCCGGCCCACUUCUCGGACAGCCCCGAGGCUGAGGCCUGUUACCGCAUGCUCAGCCUGCCGCAGCCGCCCCCCGACCCGGCGCAGCUGCUCCGGCUGCCCAGGCCCGGCUCCCUGGCCGACAAGAGCCAGCUGCACAGCAGAUGGCUGGACUCAUCCAGGUGCUUAAUGCAGCAAGGGGUCAAGCCCGGGGACACGCUCUGGCUGCGCUUCAAAUACUACAGUUUCUUCGACCUGGACCCCAAGGCAGACCCUGUGCGCCUCACUCAGCUCUACGAACAGGCCCGCUGGGACCUGCUGCUGGAGCAGAUUGACUGCACCGAGGAGGAGAUGAUGGUCUUUGCAGCCCUGCAGUACCACAUCAACAAGCUGGCCCAGAGCGGGGAGCUGGACGAGCCUCCAGCAGGUAGCGGCCUGGAUGACCUGGACACGGCUCUGAGUAACCUGGAGGUGAAGCUGGAGGGCUCCGCUCCCUCGGACGUGCUGGACAGCCUCACGGCCAUCCCUGAGCUCAAGGACCAUCUCCGCAUCUUCCGGCCCCGCAAGCUCACCCUGAAGGGGUACCGCCAGUACUGGGUGGUGUUUAAGGAGACCACGCUGUCCUACUACAAGAGCCAGGAAGAGGCCCCGGGAGACCCCAUCCAGCAGCUCCACCUCAAGGGCUGUGAGGUGGUACCUGAUGUCAAUGUCUCUGGGCAGAAAUUCUGCAUUAAACUCUUAGUGCCUUCGCCGGAGGGCAUGAGUGAGCUCUACCUGCGGUGCCAAGAUGAGCAACAAUAUGCCCAGUGGAUGGCUGGCUGCAGGCUGGCCUCCAAGGGGCGCACCAUGGCAGAUAGCAGCUACCAGAGUGAGGUUCAGGGCAUCUUGGCCUUCCUGAGCCUGCAGCGGACAGGGGGAGGUGGAGGGACUGGUCCUGCCAACCCCCAAGGCCCUGAUGCCAGUGGGGAGGUCCUUAACCCUCAUGGUCUCGUUGCCCCUCGAUUCCAGAGGAAGCUAAAAGCCAAACAGCUAACCCCGCGGAUCCUGGAGGCACAUCAGAAUGUGGCCCAACUCUCUUUGUCCGAGGCCAAGCUCCGCUUCAUCCAGGCCUGGCAAUCCCUGCCGGACUUUGGCAUCUCCUACUUCAUUGUCAGGUUUAAGGGCAGCAGGAAGGACGAGAUCUUGGGCAUCGCCAACAACCGCCUGAUCCGCAUCGACCUGGCUGUGGGUGACGUCAUCAAGACUUGGCGUUUCAGCAACAUGCGUCAAUGGAAUGUCAACUGGGACAUCCGCCAGGUGGCCAUCGAGUUUGACGAGCACAUUAACGUGGCGUUCAGCUGCGUGUCGGCCGGCUGCCGCAUCGUGCACGAGUACAUCGGGGGCUACAUCUUCCUGUCCACCCGGGAGCGCGCCCGGGGAGAAGAGCUGGAUGAGGAUCUCUUCCUACAGCUCACGGGGGGCCACGAGGCCUUCUGAGGGUCUCCUCCGGCCCGUCUCCCUCUCACACGCGCUUCCUCUCCCUCCACUCGCCCCCCAAGCCUCGCCCGUGUCUCCCCCUCCCCUGUGGGACUCCCCACUUCCUUCGUGCAGGGCAGGGGGGAGGUGAAGGGGGGGACCCCCGGGCUGCCCCGCCCUCUCCUGCGAUGACCCCUCCUUCUCUGGAGCUGGGCGAAGUGGGCUGAGGUGUCCCAGGGCCCGGCUGCCUUCUGACCCUCCCGCUCCGGGGCGAUCUGCGGACCCCAGGCGCGGCUGCACAGAUAUCCGGACACAGUCAUGGAAAGGAGGAUUUUUUCCUUUGUCUUUUUAUAAAUAAAUAUUUCAUGGUUGGACACUC